AUGGCCACUCUCUCGUCCGACUUGAUCUGGGAGGUUACCCGUCCCACCAGCGCUUUCCUCGUCAAGAGGAAGCAGGCCGGCGGUGUUUCUUUCUCUCGCGACCCCUUGAACUUGAAGGGCAAGUUCAGCCGCAAGUACGAGGGUCUCGUCGCUGACAAGGCCAUCGGUGUCCAGGCCGGCGAGAACGGUGGUGUCACUCUCCUCACCAAGAAGGCUGACAAGUCUCACCAACCCGCCUCCGCUAUUCAGUCUGCCACUUUCCCUGCUUCCCGCUCCACCCGCAAGACCUACGCCAACAUUGUCAACGCCACCACCAAGCGCAACUACCGACCCGACCUCCGUGCCGAUGCCGUCGCCCGCGCUUCCGCCAUCCGCAAGAGCCAGAAGGCCGUGAAGGCUGACAAGCCCAAGAAGGCCAGGGGCAACAAGGCCCAGGCAUAAAUGUUCAAUGAUCACUGGGUCGGUGUUUAGUGCAUAAAGGGUUCAUUGUGGUCUGUGAGAGGCAUUUCUUCAUGACGGAUGCAUUCACGAUGGCUAGGUCUAUAGAAUGAAGACUUCAAGCCAAAAUACCAAAAAUUUCUGCAAAUCCACCAUUAUCUUUCCACUAUGCGCACAGUGAUCCAUGUCAUCUGGCGUCUCAUAGCAGCUCCUUUUAACCCACCAGGUCAAACGUUCUGUAAGUUCGACUUUGGAACCGCAU